UAUGAAAUAAGUUUACAGAUCUAGCAGUUUACAGAUUAAUUGAGAAACAUUUGUCUGCUGGAGUAUGAAGUGAAAAUCUGGAGAAAUAAAAUGUCAAUUCCAGAAAUAAGAACAGACAUGUCUGCUGUAGAUCAACAAAAUGCCAUUUACUCGGGCCUUAAUCUCUCUGUCAUAUUUAAGUUUUUUUGUUCUUUUCUCAUCUUUUCAUUCGACUGCAAGCUUGUUGGCUUUUACUAAAUUUGUGUUUUUCUAUAGAUAACGGUUGCUUCACAGCCUAUGUUUUUCUAUCUAAUAGUCUUCUUGGAAUUUCUUUUAUCAUCAAUUCUUCUAUGAUCUAGAAAAGGAAUCAAGAAUUUUUUGUGUCAUCUUCAUAAAAACAAAUACUUAAUGUAUUAUCAUCAAGUAUUUGUUGCACAAGAUGAUUUAAAUUAUUUGGAAAGUUGAACUAUAAACCUCUGAUAUGUAGAAUUUUUUUUUUUAUAAUCACUAGGAAUGAUGCACUUGAUGGACCAUGAUGAGAUAAAUGAAGAGCUUGCCAAGUUGCUGGAGUCAGAGGGUCUGGAUGUCCAAUUAAGCUAUGAUGGCCUCCGCGUCCCUGUAAACCUCUAAGUCUGUGAUAUUUUUAAUCUAAAUAUUCUUUCUCUUAAUCCAAUCUCAUUUAUCUGAAGCCCAAAAGGUUCUCCAGCAAUGGUGGCCUUCUCAGUGUAUCCUCGCGGUGCCAUGCAACAUUACAGAGAUUGUUUCAAACGAGUCUGGGAUGUGUCUCCUCUCAGCAUAUAAUGGUGGAAAAAGAUUUGAAAUGUGGUUUCUGGUAUUCAAAUUGCUUGGAUUAUUAGCGUCCAAACUAAAAUUAUUAAAGGUUCCGAGUUUACGACUUUGGUUCACUGAAUUUGGAGAUCAUUUGCUUCCACACUACCACAUAACAAAAUUUUUCCGUAGUCUCUGGGAGCAAGUAAAACAAUUUGUUUGUUUCCUUUAUGCACUAUGGUAUAAAUCUCCUGCCUCUGAGUCGAAGAAUAACGCAACAGAUUCUGGAUUCAACAGAUUCUCUUUAUGUUUGUUGCCGAAAGAUGCAUUCUGCUGCUGAUUCAGAUCGCGUUCGCAAACGCUUCGGGGCUCCGAUAUUGUCGUCCUCAUCUCCGGCCGCUUCGCCCCGCUUUGCCCUCGCACGCCUUCCAAAGAUCACUCACCUCUUCAAUCGCGAUCGAUCGUGAACGACGCCACCAUCAUGCCCUUCUCUGCAUCGGCCGGAGAUAGUCUCGACGAAGCCGUGGGCUACCUUGAGGCCCGCUCGCCGCCUCAUAACCACCCACUUCACCGAAGCCAGAUUCCUCUCUGCCUCCUCGAAGUUUCCUUCCAACAGUCCGUCGAAGAUCGACGGGUUGGAGCUCCGUCCCUAUCUAGUCUGGUCUUUUAUUCUUCUGUACACCGCAUUCUUUGAUUUGUUUCUGAUGGUUGAGAAUUGUCUUUGGCCUACUUGUCUGGUGGGCGAUGUCUUCUGAGGAUGAUGGGAUAUAGCGAAGAUGGCGUUGGUGAACUGUGAGCUCUUGCUGAAGAGCUUGAUUAGUUCCUAUUGAGCUUGCUACUUUGCAUUCUGUAAAUGUUCCUCUGAUAGCAUUGCUGCCUCUUAGGAAUUGGAUCAAAUAACCAGGUGGUGUCUCUCUUGUGGAGCUGACACUUUCAAUACUCCUCCAGAGGUGGCAGAUCUGUCAGGCUGUGUCCCUGUUGCAUCAAAGUUGAUUGCAGAGAUCAAGCCUCGGUAACUCAUCCUUCUUAUUACCUUUACUUCAUUUGAUUAUUUAGCAUCUGUGCUAUCUGCAGUGACACAAAUCCCAGCUUUAACUCAAAAUAUUUAUGGAUGAGCAGCAAGAGGUUCGAACGAGUAUUCUUCAUUCCUCGAGUAAUUCCGAUGGUAUAAAAAGCAUGUGUAGGCAUCUAGGAAGUGUAAUACAUCAUGUAAUACAUCUACAUGGAUCUUUCCUACCAACGUGGUUCCUUUUGGGUUAUAUUGUUAGUCAACUUAAUGGCUUUCGUAUCCCUUUUAUGUUGUUUUGAAUAAAUUUGUCUCAAGUCUUUCUAUUCUCGCACCACUAGUCCUAAUUAAUUCAUGUUGUCUAAGUAAAUCGACUAUAAGUUGGCUUUGGACAUGUUUAUGCCAUUUUAAUGGGUUUCUCUUAUUUCAUCUUCGACCGGUGCUACACAAUUGUUCCUGAACAUAUAUGUUUCUUAUACCAUCUUUUCUCAUAUUCUUGAUUAUCUAUACCAGUAUUCUGAUCUCGUCACUUAACUUUUUGUGCAUGUUGGUUUCUGACUAUCUCACAUUUCAAUGAACAAAACACGACCAACCUUACAAUUGUUUUAGAAAAGCUUCCUCUUAAUCCACAUUAUCAUAUAAAACUCUAGCUGUGCUUCCUCACAAUGUUCAUAUUAUUUAACGCUUUGGAUAAUAUCUUGAUAAAUCUUUUCUUCCUUCUAAGUUAUACAUCCUGACCAGCUGUUCUAACGUUGUAUGUAUCCCUGAUACUAGUGUCAAACUGACAAAUCUGAUUGUUUAUAUAUAUGAGCAGUCUUCAAGAGAAGAUUUCAGAAAGUUUCUUGGAUUAAUAAUGAUGAAUGCUGAUAGACUCUUAUUAGAGUCAAUGCAGAUAGAAAUGAUGAAUGCUGGAGUGGAUUUCUACUGGACUGCGAUGGCUCUUUUGAUGCUUUGUCUGGCUGUGCAGGUAUCAGUUACACCUUGUGGGAUGCUAAACAGUGGCCAGCAGCUGUGGGCUCUGCGUGCAGAAAGGCAAUAUCGCCAAUUCAAUCAAAGGGGGCUGCUAUUCUUACUGGACUGCAAGCUGCAAAGGGGAGGGGCAAAUUCAGAUCAGGAUCAGCUUUUGAACCAUUCGCUGCUUAAGGAAGGAUUCAACCAGCGACAGGAUCAAACAAUCUUUGGAAUGGCCAAACUGCAGCAGAGGAGUGGUUGACCGGAGUUGGCCCGCCAUGGCCUCUGGAUGUCUGUCCAAUGAUGAGGCAGGUAUUUGGGCAAGUAAGGAAAAGGGAGUCGUCAAGGUUCUUGCAGCACAACAAACAAGGAAGCGUGGGCACGUGUACGACGAAUGGUGCUUCUUAACCUCCUCCGGACGCACCCCGGAUCAAGAUUCAAAAUAGCAAGGUAACAACCCACGCACAACACGACUCUUUCCCCCCCCUCUCUCUCUCUCCUCUCUCUCUCUCUCUCUCUCCCUUUCACACAGUCAUCACCCUCUCUCCUCCGAGAUUUAUUCUGUUGUGAUAUCGUCCUCGUCCCUUUCCUUGAGAACCGCUCCCCCUCCGCUUCCAAACCUCUCCUUCUUCUCCGCCUGCUUUCCGUUCAUGGGCUCGCUUUGCUGCCCGCCACCCCACCAUCCGCCCCGCCCUACGACCCUGCCGACCGAUCCGAUCGUUGCCAAGAAUCGCCGCACCAACAACCAUCACAGCAACAACAACCAAAAUAUCCUCCUCCUCCUCUUCCUCCUCUUCCUCGUCCUCCGGGUGGUGGGUGCGUGUGCCACCUUCAUCGCCACACCCCUCGAUCCUAUCAUGACCUCCGCCACCACAUCCAAUACAACUGCCACCAACACCAGCGCCAGCAGCAGCAGCAACAAUAAGAGCUCCUCCUCCCAGCCCGCCGCUAACUCCGCCUGCGCAGCCUGCAAAUACCAGCGCCGCAAGUGCAAACCCGACUGCCUCCUCGCUCCUUACUUCCCCGCCAACCAGCAGCAGAAGUUCCUCAACGCUCACCGUCUCUUCGGCGUCAGUAACAUCGUCAAGAUAAUCCGCGACCUCGACCCCUUCCAGCGCAACGAGGCCAUGAGCACCAUCAUCUACCAGUCCGACAUGCGCGCCCAUGAUCCCGUCGGCGGCUGCUACAGAUACAUCCGUGAUCUCGAGCGCCAGAUCGAUCACGACUCUACAGAACUCGCGUUCGUGCUUAGACAGCUUGCACUCUGUCGUGCGCACACAGCUCAGACCAUUACACCAGGAAUUCCUACCCUCGCACCUGAUCUGGAUGUAAACCCUAAUUUGCUUCUUAAUACACCCACCGAUGACACCGAGAAUGUGAUAUAUGAUGCCAACCUUUUCCCUUCGAUGAAUCAGCCGCAAGACCAGCAGCAGUACUACAAUUACCUCUGCUAUGACAGUGGCAUUUCUAGAGAUCCAAACAACGAUCCGAAUGCCAGUAGUAACAGCAACAGUGUUAACAACAAUGUUUUGAGUCUACAGCAGCAACAACAUCAUCAUCAUCAUCAUCAUCAUCCGCAAUCAGUGGUGCAGGAUGAGGAUGUUAAGCCUCUGGUAGAUAUGUUUGAGAUUAGGCAGACAUUGAUAGGAGGGGAUGAUGAGGGAGAUUCUAGAAUCAAUACGACUAACGAGGUCGGGCAUCUGCAUUGCAGCACAAAUUUGGAGCUUAGAGAUGAGACUAAUCAAGUGGAACACACGCAGGAACAUGAUUUGAAAGGUGCUGCAUCCUUGUUUACCCUAACCAAUUGUACUUCCUCAGGUUCAUAAUUCCCUUUUCUUGCUUAUUUCUCCUUUUCGUUUGAUUUUUUUAUUUUACAUAAAAUUCGACGAUAGCCCUUUUUUAUUUUGUAAUUUUGCUGUUAUGUUAUCGGCGGACAUAGAAUUAAUUGAAAGGAUGUGUGACAGGAAGCCAUAACCUGUAUACGGAGGUGUUUUUGUCUGAGAAAUUCACUCUUUGAUUGAAGAUGAUAGCUUUCAUGUUCCCUUUUUUCUCUCUAUGGAACUACUUACCAUAUGGAUAUUAGUGAUUGGGAUUU